AUGGCGGCACCGCCAGCGAAGAAGAUGGGCUUGUCCCUCUAUGCCGACCUACUUGGUUCCGAAAAGAAGCAGUCCAGCGCCACCAUAUCUGCGGCACCCGUCCGAUACAAUGUCAAGAAGCCCGGAGAAGACGUCGAUGGCGACGAGAAGAAGAAAGAUGCUUCUCUUCAGUUCCAGCCCAUCCGGCGUCCGCAGGUCGCCAGGCCGAAGCAGCAGCCUAGCAAGCCUGGUCAUGCCUUCACUUCCAGCACGACUACCGCGAGCUUGGCGCCAUCCGUAAGCUCUCCCGACAAAAAGGAUCCUGCGAUGAGCACCCCGAGUCAAGCACCGAGCCUCCAGCGUAGUAAUCUUUCAGACUGGAUAGGUGAUGAGGAGGAGGAUGAGUACUACGUCGGCCGCGCAAGGCCAGAGCGUGGUGGGAGGAAGAAGAAAAAGAAGAAACAGCAAGGGGAGGUUCGUACAUGGGACUGGGAUGACGUAUACGACCCGACGCUGCCAAAUAACUAUGCCGACUACAAAGGUAGCGAGGAGCAAGUCAGGGAGGUCAGGGAUUGGAAGGCAAGACUUUACUAUCACCAAUUGAAGGAAGCGCGUACGAAGCAGGCCAGUGAUGAAGCGUCCAGCGAAGACAGGGCCGCCGUUGGGCGCAUUGCGAACCCUAUGUUCGCGCCGCCAAGUUCCGGCUUGAGCUUUGCACCUCCGAGCUUUGACAACGACAUACCCGCGGCUGCACCACCAGUGCACGUCAGUGAGGACUACCCACCGAAUUAUGAUGGUCAUCGUGAGCCAUCACCAGCUCCGGCAUUUCUACCCAACGACAAUACUGGCGAAGACGCAUACAUGCGCCGUAUGCGGAUGAGCGGCAUGGGUGCUUCAGAAACCGUGCCCGUAGGUGUUGAGCACACGACAACGCCUCCAGUUGCCGUACCGACUCCGGUCCCGGCACAAAUCGAGCCCCUCGUUGAUACAGAGUCGCCUGAUGUUGUAGCCAAGAGGGUGGAAGCCCAAGCGAAGAUCGCCGCUUUCAAAGCUAAGAUUGCCGCGAAGAAGGCAGCCUCGGCUGCGAAUGGCCCGUCGCCUUCUCCGGCCUCAAAGCCUGUCCAAACGGCAGUGACUGUAACACCGGCAUCAACGCUUGAGGAUGCUGUUGCGAUGCAGGCUCCCUCACCCGCAUCGCCAGCACCGGCGCGGAAUAUACUUAGCAGCGGAGCAACCAUCACUCGUGCGCCAGUUCGCUAUGAGCAGCCUCCACCUACGAAAGGAGCGCCGGAUGAUGAUGAUGACAACGAUGCUGGCGUGGCUGCCGCAACCGAAGCAGAAGACGCACCUCGUUCAUCGCGUCCAGGCCAGAAAGGCUUUGCCGAACGCUACCUCAAGAAACUUGGCUGGGAGAAAGGAAAGGGUCUCGGCGUCGAAGGCAACGAGGGCAUCGCAACUGCUAUCUUCGCCAAGGCUGAGAAGCGUAAGAAGCGCUCUGACGCGGAUGGAGGCGGCUGGGCGCAGCCGGCUAACAUGGGCAAGAUCGUUGGUGGCAAGCGUCGUAAAGUGGAAGACGAGGAUGCCGGAGACGACUCGGCGGGCCAGGAGUACGAUUCGAUGAGCGAAGUCAUUAAGCUGGAGGGCAUGCUUGCUGGUCUUGAUGUUGACGAUGAGAUCCAGAAUAAGGACCUUUAUGGCGAGAUUGGCCGGGAGAUGGAGGGCCAGUACGGGAAGGUGGAGCGUGUCUUCAUUUGGCGCAAGGUAGCCGGCGGGCAAGAUGAUGUGUUCGUCAAGUUCACUAGCCCGCUGAGUGCGCUUCGAGCGGUCAGAGCUUGCGACGGAGAUGAGUUUGCGGGCAAUGUGAUGAAGGCGAGGUUCUUUGGGAUGGAGCAAUUUGAGAAGGGGGAGUAUGCUUGA